AUGAUGGACGACAAUAACACACCUGCAUAUCAUCCAAGCCGUUUGGGACCUUAUGAGUCGGACGAAGAAGACAACCACCAUGAUACGGUUCAUGCCACCACCAGGUACCGAUAUCAAAGUCAUCCCCAUAUCGAUGACAUUGAUCCACACAAGAUGGGGAUGCUGCCAGCACUGGCAGAGGACUAUUAUUCUGAUGAACUCGAAAAAUAUGGUUGGGAUGGUAUAUUGAAAGCAGUUUUCAGUGGAACUCGAGACACGAAGCAGUCACCUCUCAAGAUGCUUCGAGACUUUGAGGACACCCUUGUCCGAAACAUCUACUCGUUCAUUGCAAGCCAAGCAGCUCGACAUGUUAAAAUCACGAUUCCAGCUGCCCUUGUUGGCCGAGCCGGAGAAAAUUCCCGAUUGCAAUUCAAUCACGGUAGACAUGGUGCAAAUUCUUAUUCCAGGAGGGAAAUCAAGAAUGAUAUCACCGAUGUCACUUCCAGUGGAUUCGAUGAUGGUUUCGUUGCCUUUUCUCGUUGCGGCUAUGUUCAGUUUCCUCCACCAGAAAAUCGUAAUGUCAAUAUGCUUCCAUUCAUCUUUGGCAGUAAGGAAUCACUACCGGAUGAUCUUCGGUGCUAUCAUUCACUGAUUGAACGCUGUCCAUACAUGAGGGAGGAGAUUGGAAAGGUUGGUUACCUAACAGUACACGAGACUUAUGUUGAUACAAGCAAGGCACAGAGACGAGAGGGACUGCACAUUGAGUCUCCUGGUGUAUUCCAAGAUGUUCUACAAGACCAAACAUCCUUCAAGCCAGCCCUAGAGCACCACUGGGGUAUGGGAGUUGUGUUUUGCCCGGAUCGAUUCGAAGGAGGUAUUUUCAUGGCCUCCAGUGUGGGCAAUACUAGCGAGGUAUGGGACGCUCUUGUGGACAAAAACCACCCUGGCAUUGUCGAUAGACACGGUGGCUGUGAGUAUCUACGACCACUUAUCGGUAAAGGAACAAAGCUCAAGGCUGGGGAACUCAUUUGGAUGACCGAUUGUACUCCGCAUGAAGCAAUACCGCAAGUGACACCUGGCUAUCGCAAGUUUUUUCGUGUCGUGUCGCCGUGUAUAACUCACUGGUAUGCUGAUCACAACACGAGUAAUCCCAAGGUCGAAAUUCCAGAGUCGGUAACAAUUGUGAAAGGAAACAAGUUUGCGAAGUAG